UCCCCAGCCCAACUACCCACCAAAAUCCUUGUCCUCCACAGCCACGAAAACCUCCUCCGAGGGUUCGCGCCGCCGCCGCCGCCGCCGCUCACGCCGUCCUGCCGGCGCUGUCCGCCCUGCUCCCCCAACCUACAAGCUUCGGAAAGCCCCAUCCUCCCGCGAGCAGCCCAGCCCGUACCGACCUCCCCGCGCCACGCCAUGGCGAGCUCCGGCGAGGAACGGGGCGUGGUGGUGGACAUCCGCUCCGCGGCGGAGUCGGCGGGCGACGACGGCGCGCGCGACGCGCCGCUCCACGUCGUCGAGUCCCUCUGCAUGCGCUGCGGCGAGAACGGCACGACGAGGAUACUGCUGACUCUGAUCCCGCACUUCCGGGAGGUUGUUCUGAUGGCUUUCGAGUGCCCGCAUUGCAGCGAAAGGAAUAAUGAGGUUCAGUUCGCGGGGCAGCUCCAGGCCAAGGGAUGCUGCUACACUUUAAAAGUGCCAAAGGGGCAGCCUGAGGUACUGAACCGCCAAGUUGUGAAAUCUGAUUCAGCAACUAUUAAGAUUCCAGAACUAGACUUCGAGAUCCCUCCAGAAGCUCAACGUGGAACACUUUCAACAGUGGAAGGGAGCAUUAUGCGAGCUGUUAGUGAGUUGCAAGCACUUCAGGAUGAAAGAAAGAAAGUGGAUCCUCAAAAGGCUGAAGCUAUUGAACAGUUCUUAGUAAAAUUGAGAUCUCUUGGAUCAGGGGAAGCUGCUUUUACCUUUAUUCUUGAUGAUGCUUCUGGUAACAGCUUCAUCGAGAACCCGAAUGCACCUUCAUCAGAUCCUUUGUUAUCUUUGAAAUUCUAUGAGAGGACAUAUGAACAACAAGCAGCACUCGGUUUUCUUGCUGAACCAACCAAAGAAUCUGGAGACUCUUCUCAGGAUGCUUCAACAGUGGAAGGAAACUCUGGUGGGCCGCAAAGGAUUCCACAUGGUUCAGUUGGAGCUGUUGCAGGUCGCCGUGCUAUAGCUCAGGGAAACUCUGAUGAAAUUACUGCAGCGCUGUGUAGAUAUUCAGCACCAGAAGAGGUUGAUACUUUACCAUCAACGUGUGCGGCCUGUGCUACUGAGUGUGUCACACGAUUCUUUUCUACAAAAAUCCCAUAUUUUCGAGAGGUGAUUGUUAUGGCUACAUCAUGUGAUGCGUGUGGCUAUCGCAACUCAGAGUUGAAGCCUGGUGGUGAAAUCCCAGCUAAAGGAAAGAAAACAACACUGAUUGUGCGAAAUGUAAAAGAUCUUAGUCGUGAUGUCAUAAAGUCAGAUUCAGCAGCAGUUAGUGUACCUGAACUUGAGUUGGAGCUGUCAAGCGGAACACUGGGUGGCAUUGUGACAACAGUUGAAGGUUUAAUUGUGAAAAUAUGCGAGGCACUGGAGCGAGUUCAUGGAUUCCAGUUGGGUGACAGCACAUAUGAAUGGAAGAAGAAGAAAUGGGAUGGUUUCACAGAGAGAUUAGCGAAGCUUCUAAAUCUAGAAGAGCCAUGGACUUUAAUUCUUGAUGAUGCAUUGGCGGCUUCGUUUAUUGCUCCAGCGACAGAUUCGCUAGAAGAUGACAAACAGCUAACAAUUGAGGAGUAUGAGAGGAGCUGGGAGCAAAACGAGGAGCUGGGCUUGAAUGACAUGGACACGUCCUCUGCAGACAUGGCUUACAACACGACGAGCACGUCAUAAUCGAUAUUGGUUUAGUCUUCUCGUUGUGCACAAUGUUGUAACCUGUAAUUUGAAAUUUGGUACUCCGUGGUGUAUUCAAUUUUUAUUUUACGAAUGAACCAAAUCAAUAGAUGGUAUGGAGAUGGUUUCAACUA